AUGGAGAGGGGGAAAGUGAAGAGAGAGAAGGGAAAGGAGCCGGAGAAAGAGAAAAUUCGGGGAAAAGGAAAGGAGGAGAAAGAUAAAAAGAAGGAGGUGGAGAAGGAGAAAAUUAAGGAAAAAGAAAAGGAGAGGAGGAGGGACGAGAAAAGUAAGAGUAAAGAAGAGGAAAAGAGGAAAGGGCGGGAGACGGAGAAAGGGAAGGAACAAUUUAUGGAAAAAGAAGAGAAAGGGGAGGACAACAGCACGUUGGCAAAGUCCCCGCUGGAGCUGCUGGAGAAAAAUAAGCAGAUCCUAGUGCUGGGCCUGGAUGGAGCAGGGAAGACCAGUGUUCUCCACUCUCUAGCUUUAAACAGAGUCCAGCACAGCGUGGCACCAACCCAAGGUUUCAAUGCAGUGUGCAUCAGCACUGAAGACAGCCAGUUGGAGUUCCUGGAGAUUGGUGGCAGCGAACCUUUCCGUUCUUGUUGGGAAAUGUACCUGUCCAAGGGAUUGCUGCUAAUCUUUGUGGUGGAUUCAGCAGAUCACAACAGACUACCUGAAGCCAAGAAGCACCUUCAUCAACUAAUUGGGACAAAUCCAAUCCUUCCUCUGGUUGUGUUUGCAAACAAACAGGAUCUUGAAGCAGCCUAUCACAUUACAGAUAUCCAUGAAGCUUUGGCGUUAUCUGAGGUGGGAAAUGACAGGAAGAUGUUCCUGUUCGGAACCCAGGUGACUGAGAAUGGCUCAGAGAUACCCUCCAUCAUGCAAGAUGCCAGAGAACUGAUUGCACAGCUGGCUGCAGACAUGCAGUGAUCAGGCCUAGGCCCACUGUGAGGCUCAUGAUUUGAAUGUCACCAGGCAAUGUUUAGUGGCAGGCUGGAAGCCAAAAGUUUCCACUUCCCAAUAAAAAAUAAGGCAUUUCCUAUUUUCUCAAUGCACGGCAUAUACACAUAUAUAAGAUAAUGUUAAUUGAUUAAGAGGAUCUCUAUUUAUAUCUUGAAC